AUAAAUACAUCACUCAUUGCUUAUUUUCUCUCAAAUCUUGAUUUGCAAAGUGUUUGUUUUUGAAAGAAAUGGCCAAUGCAAUUCGUUUCUUUCAGUUGAACACCGAAGCCAAAAUCCCUUCUGUUGGGCUGGGUACUUGGCAGUCUGCCCCUGGUGUUGUUAGUGAUGCUGUUAUUGCUGCCGUUAAGGUUGGAUAUAGACACAUAGAUUGUGCUGCAGUUUAUGGCAAUGAGAAGGAGGUUGGUUCGGCAUUGAAGAAGCUGUUUGAUGAUGGCGUAGUGAAGCGUGAGGAGUUGUGGAUCACCUCCAAACUCUGGUGUACUGAACAUGCACUAGAAGAUGUACCCGUAGCACUAAAUAGAACUCUGCAGGACUUGCAACUCGAUUAUGUAGAUCUGUAUCUGAUUCACUGGCCAGCCAGCAUGAAGAAAGGGUCGGUUGGUUUUAAGCCCGAGAACCUUACACACCCUGAUAUACCCAGCACAUGGCGAGCAAUGGAAGCAUUGUUUGAUUCUGGCAAGGCUCGAGCUAUUGGAGUUAGUAAUUUCUCUACAGAGAAGCUUGAAGAUCUGCUAGCUGUUGCUCGUGUUACUCCUGCUGUUAACCAAGUGGAGAUUCACCCCGUAUGGCAGCAGCCAAAGCUUCAUGAAUACUGUAAAUCCAAGGGAAUUCAUUUAACUGGGUAUUCGCCACUAGGUUCUCCAGGAACAGGAACCGUCAAGACUCAGGUUCUCAAGAAUCCUGUUCUCACUACAGUUGCUGAGAAAUUAGGCAAGACCCCUGCACAAGUUGCUGUGCGAUGGGGACUUCAAAUGGGUCACAGUGUAUUGCCUAAGAGCACGAAUAAGGCAAGGAUCAAGGAAAACUUCGAUGUUUUUGACUGGUCUAUUCCUGAAGAUUUGUUUGCCAAGUUUACUGAAAUUGAGCAGAUGAGGCUAAUAAGAGGCAGUGGAUUUGUAGAUGAGACUUACGGCGUUUACAGGACAGUGGAAGAACUUUGGGAUGGUGAAUUGUAAGCAUACAGAUGUUUCAAUGAUUAGAUUUUCCUUUUUGGCUUCUUCUAUCUCGUAUACUCAAAUGUCAUGUGUCUCUGCUUUCAAUUUGAGAUUGAGAGCGCACUCAAUAAGCAUAUGGAUAUAGCCAGAGGAACUUGGGAUAGAAAUAAGGAACAAAUUUUGAUGAUCAUUUGAGGUUUAUCUGAAUUGAAUUAAUGUUUGUUAGAAAGUCAA